UUUAUUUCUUUAUUUUUUGUUUUAUUUUAUUUUAUUUUAUUUUAUUUUAUUUUAUUUUUUUUUUGUGUGUGUCUCUUUCUCGAGCUUUUCUUAAAAAUAAAGUAUUCGACUUCUUUUCUUUAGAAAAGGAAAAGACUCAUACAUCAAAAUGCCAUCCUUAACAUCAGGAAAAACAACUCCAUCCGCCAAAACAGCUCGGCAAUCUGUCGAGCAUGUGGCUCAUGACUUCAACACAGAUCCUGUUAAAGGUCUAAGAUCCUCCGAUGUGCCUAGUUUACGUGCUCUAUAUGGUACAAAUGAAUUAGAGACUAAGGAUGAAGAAACAUUAUUUUCUAAAUUUCUUGAUUCCUUUAAGGACCCUAUGAUCCUCUUACUUCUCGGUUCUGCUUUCAUUUCUAUUUUAAUGGGUCAAUUUGACGAUGCUAUUAGUAUUACUAUGGCAAUCAUGAUUGUUGUUACAGUUGCUUUUGUACAAGAAUACCGUUCAGAGAAAUCACUAGAAGCUUUGAAUAAAUUAGUACCACAUUACUGUCAUUUAGUGAGAGAUGGUCAUAUUUCUGACAUUUUAGCAAAUGAUUUGGUUCCUGGAGAUGUUGUUCAUUUUGGUGUUGGUGAUCGUAUUCCUGCUGAUUGUAGAAUUACUAGUUGCGUUGGACUAGAAAUUGAUGAAUCCAAUUUGACAGGUGAAAAUAAACCUAGACGCAAAAUUUCAGAUGCAAUUGCUACUUCCUCAUAUGCAGAAUUAGCUUUAAAUGAAAGAGAAAAUAUUGCUUUCAUGGGAACACUUGUUAGAAACGGUCGCGGAGAGGGAAUUGUUGUUGCUACAGGUAAAAAUACUGAAUUUGGUCAUGUAUUUGAGCUUAUGCAAGAGGUUGAGGUUAGAAAGACACCGCUUCAAAUUAGUAUGAAUGAUUUGGGGAAACAACUUUCAAUGUUUUCCUUUGCUGUUAUUGGUGUAAUUGUGUUAAUUGGUAUUGUUCAAAGGCGUAGUUGGUUAGAUAUGUUUACGAUUGGUGUCAGUCUUGCUGUAGCUGCUAUCCCAGAAGGUUUACCUAUCGUUGUCACAGUUACACUUGCAUUAGGUGUUCUUCGUAUGGCUAAUCGUAAAGCUAUAGUAAAACAAUUACCCUCAGUUGAAACAUUAGGUAGUGUCAAUGUCGUUUGUGCUGAUAAAACAGGUACUUUGACUGUCAACCAAAUGACCGUGACAAAAAUUUUUACUGCUGAAAAUCAAGAAACAUUUGAUUAUGAAUAUAAAGUACCUCGACAAAUACCUGAAGCUUUACGCCAAACAUUACUAAUUGGUAAUCUGUGUAAUAAUGCGCAAGUAGGCGAAAACGGUAAAUUAUUUGGUCAGCCUACUGAGAUGGCUUUAUUAGACGUUGUUUUUCGUACUGGUAUGAAAGAUGAACGUAUACACUAUGAUCGUCUUUCAGAAAUACCUUUUGAUUCUGAUGUGAAAUACAUGUCUGUGACAUGUCGUGAAAGCACUAAUAAAACAUCUGCUGGUAUGAUAUAUAUGAAAGGUGCAACUGAAGUUAUUAUAGAUAAAUGUGCAACCUAUUAUACAUCAAACAAAACUCGAUUACCUUUUACUCCUAGUAUGAAGGAAACAAUUAAUCAACAUGUUGCCGCUAUGAGUUCUCAUGGUCUUCGCGUACUUAGUACAGCUUUUGGUGAAAAUGAGAAUAGUAUGUGCUAUACUGGGUUUUUAGCUGUCCACGAUCCUCCUCGUCCUGGUGUUGGAGAAGGAAUUAAAAAACUAAUUCAAGGUGGUGUCAAGGUAGUGAUGAUCACAGGUGAUUCUGAAGCUACUGCUAUAUCUAUUGCACGUCGUCUCGGUAUUCCAAUUAAUAUGAAAGGAAGUUGUAUCACUGGUCAUGAUAUUGAAAUUAUGUCUGAACGUCAACUACAAGAAAUGAUUCAUUCUGUUUCUGUCUUUGCUCGUACUACGCCUAAACAUAAAUUAGCUAUCGUACGUGCAUUCCAAGAAACUGGAGCUGUGGUUGCUAUGACUGGCGAUGGUGUAAAUGAUGCACCUGCCUUAAAAAUGGCUGAUAUUGGUAUUUCUAUGGGUAAAAGUGGAACUGAUGUCUCAAAGGAAGCAGCUGAUAUGAUUUUAGUCGAUGAUGACUUUUCAACUAUCCUUCAUGCUAUAGAAGAAGGCAAGGCUAUCUUUUACAAUAUUCAAAAUUUCUUAACAUUCCAGUUGAGCACAAGUAUUUCUGCUCUCUCAAUAAUUGCUAUUUCUACAUUGUUCGGAUUAAAGACUCCAUUAAACGCUAUGCAGAUUUUAUGGAUUAAUAUCAUUAUGGAUGGACCUCCUGCUCAAUCAUUAGGUGUUGAGCCUGUUGAUCCUGAAAUUAUGAAGAAACCACCAAGAUCACGUAAUGCAAACAUUUUAACCAAGCCUUUACUUACUCGUGUAUUGACUGCUGCAGUAAUCGUAACUUUGGGCACUCUAUUUGUUUAUAUGUCUGAAAUGUCAGAUGGUGUAGUGACUAACAAAGAUGCUACUAUGACAUUUACUACGUUUGUAUUUUUUGAUAUGUUUAAUGCUUUGGCUUGUAGAUCAGAAAAACAGUCAAUCUUUAGUUUAGGAUUCUUUACCAAUAGAAUGUUUAAUAUAGCUGUAGGUGGAUCUAUUAUCGCCCAAAUGCUCGUUGUCUAUGUACCCUUUUUCCAAGCCAUUUUCCAAACAGAACCUCUUUCAUUUUAUGAAUUAAGCAAGAUUAUUCUGAUAACAUCUACUGUAUUUUGGGUAGAUGAAGUUAAAAAGAUGUUGCGUCAUAAAGGAUUAGGACUUGCUAGAACCUCUGGACCACAUAUCAGUUAUCGUAUUGUGCAUAAUGAUGAAAUUGAAAGUGCAAUUGACCUUGUUUGAUUUAUAUAUCUAUAACAUAUACUCCUUUUGUUUAUAUACACAUAAUUUUCUCUCUCAUUUUAUCUUUCUUUCU